AUGCCAGCCUCCGUCCACUCACAAGAUGCGCAAGAACAGGAGCAUGACCAGUCCAUGAUGGACGUCGAGCCUGAGAACGAGCCCGUCAACCCUAUCUUGCUGGACGAGAAGCGCAUCGUUGUGUUGCCCGGCUCCUCGGAUACCGCUGCGUCGUUUCAAUUUGAGGGCGAAGGCCACACCAUGGGGAAUGCGCUGCGGUACGCUAUUAUGAAGAACCCUGCCGUCGAGUUUUGCGGCUACACCAUCCCCCACCCCUCCGACCCAAAGAUGCAUGUCCGCAUCCAGACUAACGAUUCCACUACCGCCCUCGAGGCCCUGGAGAAGGGCUUCAACGACCUGAUGGACCUGUGCGAUGUCGUGACAGAGAAGUUCACCGCUGCCCGGGACCAGUUCAACGAGGAGAAUGCCAACAAAAUGGAGGCGUAA